ACAGAACUCUGAAUAAUGAUUCGUCUUAUAUUGUGUUUAUCUGAACGCAAAUUGGCAACGUAAACGUCAUAGUCGUUGUUCUCGUUAGCAAAGCACACGUAAGACAUAUGUGUACAUGAAACAAGAUCAGUGCGUUCAUCAUCUAAUAAGUAAUUUGUAUGUUUGAGUAAAUCUGUUUUAUUUUUCAUUUCUCUUUCUUUCAUUCGGUUUAAUCAAGGAAAAACAACAACAACAAUAACAACGUCGUUUCCACUUGUGUGUGCUCACACUAAUUUACUCUCAGUCAUUCGAACAUUGUUUUCACUGUUGACGUUUCACAUUUCGUUCAAUAGAUAUAUCAUAUUUACUUUUUCUUUUAAUUCACAUUACUCAUUGUACGAAACUUUGUGCACUGUUUUUCUCUUUCUCUCUCGCUCUCUUUGUUUUAGUGAAAGGCAAUAAUAAUAAAAUAAUAAAAUAAUGUUGAAAAACGAAUUAAAUGAAAUUGCCUAAAAAAUGAAUAGUUGCCAAUUGAAUUUGCUUGAAAGAUCAAUGUGUAAUUUGUGAAACAGCACAUAGAAAGUGAACGAAAUAUAGUAUACAACGAAACGAGAAGAAGCCUAUCUUAGCCAUUAAGGAUUAUUUAGAUGAUUUUUUCAUUAAUUCGGAAUGAAGCGACAAAGAGUGCGAAAUGCAGAAUAUCGAGAGUUAUUGGAACAGAACGAUGCGGACGAUUAUGAUCAACGAAAUAUUCAAUUGCAGAAUCAACAGCGUAAAUUACGUCGAGAGAAUGUACUCGAGGCUCAAAUUCAACCCGGUGACACACUCCAAGCAAUUGCAUUACGGUACAAUUGUACGAUAUCCGAUUUGAAGCGUUUGAAUAAGAUCGAAAAAGAGAUUGAGAUUCAUGCACGGAAAACGAUAAAAGUGCCAGUGAACGCGCAUACAAUUUUAUUGCAAACAACGAAUUUUGAUGAGCUUCCAAUUGUUCACAAAAGUGGUCAAAGUAGUCCGCAUCAUGGAGGCGACAGCAAUGCCAAUUUAAAUUUUAGUUCUAACGAUAAUAUUAUACACGACAUAGCAGCAAAUACAUCACAUCAAUUACCAAAUAACAUUUUGGACGAGAAAUUAUUGGUGGCAUCGGUUAGUUUGGCAUCAAAUGCACGUCAUAAAUAUUCAACAGCGUCCACGUCAGGGAAUAGCUAUCGAACGAUAUUGGCAACGGAUGGCAGUAAACGAUUAAAUGGAAGCACAACCGACGAUAUCGAUCCAAACGAUGAUGAAUUUAAUUUUACCGAUCCUUUGAUCACACCAUUAGCCGAACCCAACGAACUUUAUACGGAUGAUCCGAGUAGCAUCACACGUCAUAGUGGACCGCACGCAAUUCGAGGAGCACCACGCAAUGAUUUCACAUGCUCUGGCUCUGAUUGUGAUAUUUCAUGGAUAUGCUUGCUAGUCUUUAUAUUGGCAUUAUGCUUUGCAAUUCCAUUAAUUUAUGUCAUUUAUAUAGCCGAACAUCCGGAUAAAUUCCAUCUAAAGGACACCGAAGCAUUUGUAAAUGGAUAGUCAUUGUAUUGUGUAAAUUAAUCUACUGUUAACAAACAUUUUUACUCAUAUAACUCCACUAAAUAUAAAAAAAAAAAACAAACAUUGUGCUCGAUUUCUAUUCGAGCUUGACUAAUUCGAUGUAUGUAGAAGAAAAACGGAAUGCGCAAGAAUGAGUCAAAAUGAGUCAAAAUGAAAAAAGAAUAAAAUUGUUAAAGUUCCAAUAUGAGCUUCAGUUUUGCAUCUUGCAUUGAUUGAUAAGAUGACUGAAAAUUGAUGAAAAAUCAUGUUGAUAAUUUUGUUUAUAAUUUUUUUGAGUUUCGAUAAAAAAAAAUGAACUAAGUGCGUUUUUUUGUACAUAAAUGAUAUCGGUUAUCAUUGAAGGAAAACAAAAUUAAAUUAUGAUGACUCCAAUGCACGAAAUAUGCUAUGAUCAUUGGCCAAAAAUUGGUCGUUCAUUGUUGUUGGCUUCGAAUUCGAAAAGAUGCGACACAAAGUAAAAGAUUAAAGCAAAAAAAAAAGAAAAGAAAAUGAAAACGAGUGAAUGUGUUUCGUACCGAGUGCCUUUUCAGCGUAAAUCGGCAACCUAUAUGAAAUAUAUUGCGUGUACGUAGAAUUUGCUGUUAUUGGGGUUAAAUACAUAUUUGUAUAUUUUAUUAGAACGAAAAACUAUAAUGAGAAAUGUUCAAAACGAAAAUAAAUGAAGUAAAAUAAA